UGUAUCAAAGUCGAUCUGCGUUCGACAGCGGAUCCUUGCUCUCGCCAUCCAAGUCUCUCCCAUCGCAGCAUCUUGUGAGCAUCCCAUAAGCAUCCCAUAGGCAUCCCAUGAGCAUCCCAUAAGCACCCUGUGGGCAUGCGCGGCGGCCGUCGCUCUGGCCUCAGACUGGCCGGACGCACUCGCAUUUCUGCCCUGAUUUCCAUAUAUCUGCUGAGCUGACGCAAAGGAACCGUUGUCUGGCAGACCCGCUCCUUCCCAAGCUCGAUCAAAUGGCCGGCCACGCCCGAGUCCCCCUCAUCAAGUUCCUUGGCCCUCGCCGCCUGCUGACCGAAUGGCCUCAUCAGUCUCCCCGGCCCGGCCAGCUUCCCGCUGCACCUAUCCAGCCCAAACCUGCGGCUGCAUCCGCGGCGGCCGCCGGCCAGCAGCGCUCGGCGACGCUUUCCACAAGCUCGCAGCUCCCUCGUCGUUUCUGGAAGCGUCCGAUCUCCGAGUCCGAGAUUAACGCUGUCGAGCUUGGCGGCGCCGGCCUCGUUUACUGAAGGACCUCGCCCACCACCAUCGACGAGGCUGGCUUGUUCCUCCCCUCCCCUCCCCUCGCAGGCUGAACCUGCCCUCGUUUCCGCAAAUCCUUCCCCCCUGUCCAGCAGAUCGGAUUCAUUCCCCCUCAGAUUGCAGUCGGAUUCCUCGAGAACCAGCUGUGUCCAGCGGGUGGCUGGCAUUGCCUCUAAGAUGAGGCACUUCGGUCGCUGGUCAUAUUCCGCUGUCCCAUCCUUCGGCUUCUCUUGCUUUCACGCGCAUACUUCUUCACUUCCUUUCGCCGUUUCCUCUUUCUCUUGUUUGAUUUGCAGCCCGCACACUCGCCAUGGCAUGUCUUUGCAUGCUCCCCAGCGGCCCCUUGCCUUGGCGGACCAGACUCAGAUACAUGCCACGACACCCCAAUAAAAACUCGAUGCCUUCGACCCGAGACAUAUCGCACAAAUGGCGAC